GCUACAAUUCCACACAGGUUUUUACUCCAACAAGGGGAAAUGAAAGUAUCUUCUAAGUAUAAAGCAGCUAAGACCUUGCCUGUAUCUUGCCAUAAAACUCGUGGCACACAGCCCCACAGAUCCCAGCAGGGCAUGCAACAAGCUGCUGUUAAAAACGCUCCGUGCAAAGCCCGGUGAUGAUUCAGUGGCCGUGACUCGCACAGGACGCAGUAAUUCUUAUAUUAAUAAUUAAAAUGGCUGUCCCUGGAGUGGCAGCCAUUUUAUGGCUACAAAGGUUACUCGGGGUAAGGAUCUUAUCACAAGACUUAAGCCCAGAGUUACGUAACCAGUUUACAGUUUAGGGAAGCUUGCUCUGACACGGAAUUUCUAUUUAGCGCUCGGUGGCAACAAAUCCAACCCCCGCACUGAAAUCUGUCUGAAAUAUAAGCUGUGGGAGAAUUGUCAGACGCGCUUCUCUCGCUACUACUCCAGCCGCGGAAACAUGUCCGGCUUCCUGGAGAGCCUGCGCUGCUCGGAGUGCGUGGACUGGGGCGAGAAGCGCAACACCAUCGCCUCGGUGGCCGCGGGGGUGCUGUUUUUCACAGGCUGGUGGAUCAUCAUCGAUGCUGCUGUGAAAUACCCUCAGGUGGAGGAUUUCAACCAUUCCUACCACGCCUGCGGGGUGAUUGCCACCAUCGCCUUCCUCAUGAUCAACGCCGUGUCCAACGGGCAGGUGAGGGGGGACAGCUACAGCGAGGGCUGCCUGGGCCAGACAGGAGCUCGAAUCUGGCUCUUCAUUGGCUUCAUGAUGGCUUUUGGGUCCCUCAUUGCCUCCAUGUGGAUCCUCUUUGGGGGCUACGUGGUUAAAGAAAAACCAGUGGUGUACCCAGGAAUAGCAGUGUUUUUCCAGAAUGCAUUCAUCUUUUUUGGGGGCCUGGUGUUCAAGUUUGGUCGCACGGAGGAUUUGUGGCAGUGAACCCCCCUGGAGUGCCCUGGGCUUUAACUGCACCCCAAAAGUUUUGUAAAACCAUUUUGUAAAGCUUCCAUUGUGUCUGAAGAGAAAUCAAGGAAAGCUGAAAGCACUAAAUCCAGCUCUUUUCUGGUUAUUUUUUUUACUCUUGUACGUCCACUUCAGUGGUGUGGUGUUUUUGAGAAAUGGAAAAUUGCUACAAACAGUGGAGUCACUUUUCUAAAAUGAUGUUUGUUACAAAUAAAAGGAGAGUGGAAUAUGGAUGUAUUUAACCAGCUCUUUCUAUGAUGUUAUUUACAAUCCAAGACUUACUAAAACUGCAUUUAAACAACCUUUUAACAGAUAUUUAUUAAAUAUUUCCUAGAUCUGGGCAAUAUAACCAUUUCUUCAAUUUCAAA